AUGAAGCUCCUGAGCCAUAUUUUGGUGGCGUCGAUUGUCGCCAUCCCGGCUCACGGCCAGACUGCGUCGUCAACCUCAUCCCGAGAGCCGACGACCACCGUCUCCGCUUCCGGGCUCACGGCCACCCUCACGUCGUCGGCCUCCCUCUCCUCGUCAACCUCCCAGGAAGGCUGCCCCACGGUCACCCUCACGAGCAAUGUUUGCCACUCGUGCGCGACGCCGGACUGCGUCGAGCUGGAGCCCCUGACCAAUUCCUGCGACUGCCCGUCGGCCAUCCCCACCGUCUUCGUCGACUACCCCUGCGAGUCCGGCUGCCGCGGCAUCGGGUGCGCUGCCAACUACGUCUUCUUCACGGCCAACUGCACGAGCGAGACAUCGAGCUCGUCGUCCGGCUCGUCCGGCGCGGCCUCCGCCAACUCGACCGCGUCGGCGACCGGCACCGGGCUCGGGGGGCUGAACUCUACUGCAAGUGGGAUUACCUCGGCCGGCACAUCAACGAGGAGCGAGUCUGCCACCGGUACAGGCACAGCGGCGGAGAGCUCGUCCAGUAUUGCGGCGGCUGGGAGGAUGAGGCCGUUCUGGAUGGGUCUUCUGUAG